UGGAUCAGAAAACUGACAAUUUCAUACGAUUAUAUUCAUACAAGUAACAAAUAACGAUAAAUGUAUGUAAAAGGAGAUCAUCUUGGAUCAAUAAAGUUCUUCAGUCAGUUUACAUUGAAUAAACACUCACACAAGCAUCUAGAUUAAUCCACCGUUUUUGUUUUUUUUUAUAUCUUUUUUAUCUACCGAUUCUACAGAAUGAAAACUUAAAUGACAUCCCCUUUCUCCUAUUUUAUUGUCAUUUAUGCUGAUACCCAUCAAUUAUUGGUCGAGGCUGUACCAAAACUGACUCACAAAAAACUAUACAACUUUGAUGCUUUAUUUGUUGGUCAAGGAAAGAAUACCGAUGCCGAGAUCCCUAAAGCUUUCUUACAAUUUAGUAAUAAAAUGGGAGAAGAUUUUAAUAGGCAACAGCAGUUCCCCAACAUUCAGUAUAGCAUACUAAUCUCAAUAGUCAUGUGUAGCUUUGAGACACUUAUAGAGAAUCAUGUUGGAACCAACUUCAAGCCAAAAACGUUGCGCUAUCUCUUUACGAGGCUUUCUGACACAACUGAAUUUCCAGACCUCCCUUUCCGAAAUAGUGUCAAACGCGACCUAGCUGAGCGGGUAUAUAAUGCUAUUUGUACCAAUCAAGAAAUAAUUUACCCUGCUAAUCUGGAAGUUGCCGACACUCACAAAACCUCAAUCAACAAUCUUAUUGAUGAAUACCACCAAAGAUUACAUGGCUUGAACCUGACUGAAGCAGAUUACUAUGCUAGAUUACACUCGUAUUUGCCGUGGUUAUACCAUGUUUUAGAAAGAAUGGAGCAGCAAGUCAUCAUUCGUGAGCCAAUAUUGACGCACGCCAUCUGAUUUCUAAUACACCAUCAACAAGGACGUGUAACUGGGAAGCUUUGCGAUAUAUAUUUCAGAACUUUGAGGCAAUUAAAGGCUAUUACACAACCAGGUUGAAAAAGCUCAAAUAUCACGGCUAUAGAAGAAGCAAGCAAAAAGCAUUGACCGAAAUGUGUAAACGGUUGUUUACAGAUAGCCAAAAAUACCAAGAAGGCAAUCCUGAUAUACAGCAAGCAAAUCAGCAAAAGUGGAAACCGUUAGCCCCUAGAGACAAUGCCGGUGAAGCUGAAAGGCCUAUUGUAGUGGCGUUUGGUUCUGCUCGGUUCGGUGGGCUUCGUGG